AUGGCUAAGUGUGCGACAGGAAUGUGUGAUAAUCUGCUGACAUGUGUGUUGAGGGCCUGGGAUGCGGACAAACCGUUGCUGUACUGCCCGGCCAUGAAUGUGAACAUGUGGUCCCAUCCCAUCACUCAAACACAUUUGGAUGCCUUGCAGUCGUUCGGCUAUAAACAGGUCGGACCUAUCGUCAAGCGACUGGCCUGUGGUGACACCGGUAUGGGAGCUAUGGCUGAGGUGUCCGCUAUUGUCCACGAAGUCAAACAAGUGCUCCAAUUAUUAGCAUUGAUUUGA